AAUUUGGAGACUCUCUUACACAGAAGGUGGAUAUGAGCAAAGUUAAGCUGGAUGUUAUUAAACCAUGGAUAACUACAAAGAUUACCCAGAUUUUAGGCAUGGAGGAUGAUGUAGUGGUAGAAUUUGUAUAUAAUCAACUGGAAGAAAAGUAUAAGUAGAGACCGUUGGUGGGGCUCAACCCUAUUGUCCAAAUGGCAUUCGGAUGUGCUCCUCUCUACAUCCGAUUGGCCGCCUUUCUAUCAGCCGUCAACGCUAGCUGAUGCCAGCUGGUAUGUCAACGUCAUCUUAGAACACUGCUGAAACUUCAACCUCAGCACUUCGUCCAGCUCCGACUCAUCAUCAUCGGAGGAACAGCGUAUUCGCAAAAAUAUCGUCGCAUCGUCCUGUUCCUGGUCUUCUCACCUUUAUAUGGAGCUCUGCCUUGGCCUUCUACCAUUCUGCAGUUGUCUUCGUUGCUGCAACUACGCCAUCUACUAGCUGCACUGAACAUCGUCUUCGCCAACCCGUGACUGCCUCAUUCGAGGUGGUUACACUCCAAAUUACAACUGCGAAAGCUUUGCUGUGGCUUUCGAUCGUUGGACGUCUACCAAUAAUCGGCACUACAAACUGGAGCGGAAGGAAAUCAUCGCACUCCCUAUCCAGAUGCUGUGGUCUCUUCUUACACAAGGACAAUCGACACACAUGGCGGAUUCUCCCGAGAUGCAGGUUCCUCCAUUCUCCGUGCCUCUCAGCCCCAUCCUGAGGGAUCGAGGAUCGUUACAUCGUGCAGGUCUGUUCUUCAGUUAAUGAUUCUCCAGACAUUCCGUCAAUCCCAGAUGUGAUUGCCGAUCGUGGAUGAUGCCGGAGGUAUCUCUACUCGGUUUGACACUCUUUGUCAAUAUCACAGUUUCCUGACCCCCGAAAAAUGCAGAUCAACCUCACUGGCUUUCUGAAUGGAAGAAAUGCUCGAUCUUUCAUGGGUGAACUAUGGGACCUCUUGGUCUCUGCUCAAGAAAGUGUAACGGGCAUUCCAGAGGCUUUCUUGCAACAAAAGAAAGAUCAAAUAAAAAAGCGUUUGGAAGAGCAGGAGAAACUCCAAGCUUCUUUGGCAGAGAAAGAAAAGGAAAAGGAAAGGGAGAAAGAAAAAGAUGAAGCCGAAAGCAAGAUAAAAAAAGAAGAGAAAGAACGUGGUUCUUCGAAGGAACGUCGAAGAGAUCGAAGUAGAGAUCGUGAUAGAGACAGAAAAAGAAGUCGAUCGAGAGAUCGACACAGAGAUCGUGACAGAUCGAGCCGCAAAAGACGAUCUUCUUCGAGAUCGCCUAGUAAAAAUUCCCUUAAAGACAACGGAAAAGAUAUGACUGAAAUUAAAGUCGAACGAGAAGAUUCACCUCAACCUGAAAAUGCUAUACCGCUCAUGCCAGUUAAGACAAAACCAGAAGCCGCUGUUGCGAUAUCGCGAUUACAAGCUAAAUUAAUGAGCAUUGCUGAUGGGAAAAAGAAAAACAAUCGUACUCCAUCUCCUGAAUCAUUAGAAAAAGCAAAAAAAUCUAGAUCUAGAUCAAAAUCACCCAUAAGUCGCUCCAAAAAAUCUAGGUCCAAAUCGCCCAGUCGAGAUUCAAAAUCACGUCGUUCUCGAUCACCAGCAUCUAAGUCGAGGCGAUCUCGAUCUAAGUCAAGAUCAAGACGAUCUAGGUCUAGGUCAAAGUCUAGAAGAUCCAAAUCCAGGUCGCAAGAUCGCUCGAAAUCUAGACGUACAAAGUCCAAGUCUCCAAGAUCGCAUUCAAGAUCUCGUUCACGAUCUAAAAAAUCAAGAUCGAAAAGCAUUGAUAGAAGUAAGUCUAGAAAAUCAAGAUCUGAUUCAAGCGAUUCAAGAUCAUCAAAAUCUCGUUCGAAGUCACCGGAUAAGAGAAAGGAUACUCUCGAUUCCAACAGGAAACGAGAUGCAAGUACAAGCAGUAGCUCCGAAUCAGAAGAAGAAAAAGGAGCGAAAGAUAAAAAUGACUUCGAAAUUAGAAAGAAGAAAGAUGGAGUACAGGCAAAAAGAUCAUAUAGGAAAACAAAUAAGGAUGAUAGUGGUAGUGACAGUGACUCGAGUCGUGAAAGAAAAUCAGUUCCUAAGCGAAGGAGUCCAACGCCACGAAAAGAUAGAGGUCGAUCAAAGGACAGAGAUAGAUCGCGAGAUAGAUCACGCGAUAGAUCACGGGAUAGGUCUCGGGAUAGAUCUCGAGAUAGGAAUAGAAGGAGAUCCAUAGACAGAGAACGUGAAAGAAGAAGAGAACGGGAGCGAGAAAGGGAACGGGAGAGAUUGGAUAGAUACAGCGGCAGUCGCAGCAUGCGACCUCCAUCUGUGCGCAGAGCACCUAGUAGACGCAGAAGCCCUCCUCGGAGAAGCCCGGCACGAUAUCGUCGCAGAUCACCAAGUCCCGGAGAUAGGCGCCGAAGGAGAUCUCUCGAUCGAAGACGAAGAUCAUCGGAAAGAAGAGACAGACGUCGAUCUCCGGAUCGUCGUGAUAGCAGACGUCGUUCGCCAGACGGACGGGACCGAUCCCUCAGGUACGAUAGAUCUUCCUCUCGUGACAGAUCGAGUAGGCGAGACCGUUCCAGAGACAGGGACAGAAGGGAUAGAGAUAGAAGAUCUAGAUCUAGGGAUCGUAGGUCUAGAUCAAAAGAUCAAAGAUCAUCGGUGGAUCAUUCGAGAGAUGGAAAACGAUCUCCCGAUCGCUCAAGAGAUGCUAAGGAGAAGACAAAGGACAAGAAAGUGGAUGAAAAAAUUAAAAGAUCAACUGAUACGGGAUCGCGAAAAGAAUUACGAAACGGAAGGUCUAAGUCAAGUAGCUCGGAAAGUAGCGAAAGUAGUUCCUCUAGCAAUGAGGAUGAAGUGACCAGAAAGUCACUAGAGCGGAAAUCGUCUCAAGAAAAGCGAGAACGCGAGAGGGAUCGUGAACACGCAGAUGAGAAACGUAAAGAAAAGGAGAAGCCUAUCAAGGAGGAAUCCAUCAAACGACCCGAAAAGGACAUCAAGAAAGCUGAACCUGUGAACAUCAAGAAACCAGAUCUCAGCGUUUCUCCUAAAAAACUUCAAUCUGCUACGCUUCCUGUAACUAGACACAGGUUUUCGAAGAGUUUAUCUAGAACGCCGUCUCCGUUUAAAAAGACUGAAGACAUCAUAGCAGCGGUUAAAGUCAAACAACCAUCGAAAGAAGAUAACAAAGAGGAAUCACCAAAAGAAGAAUCGAGCUUUUCAUCUGCGGAUACGUUCCCGUUAAAAAAGGAUGAAAAAUCGAUCAAAUCAAUCAAAACUACAUCCGAGGACAAGAAGUCAGGUCAAAAAUCGGCAGAACCAGUUCUCUUGAAAAAGCCAGCAGAAGUAAUAAAAAAAUCGAAGAGGGAAAAACGCGAUGGUUCUACAGAUUCAAAUGAUAGUGAAAGCGAAGGUAAGAAAAGAUCAAAAAAGUUAGAGAAGUCCAAGAAAUCCAGGAAAGCUUCCACGGAUGAAGAGAAGUCGGACAAAUGUGGUUCUAGUUCAGAUUCUGAAGAGGAAAGAAAGCACGCAGAGAAAACCAAAAAAAUUAGGGAUUCGAAUCGAGAUUCAUUAGAUGAACGUACAAAAGACAGAAAAGAUAGUAGAAAACGGGAAAUGAACGAGAACGAAUCUCGUAAGCGACCGAAAAAAGAGUUAGAAGAGGAAACGAAGAAAUCAAAAAGAUCUAGGAAAGAUUCCUCUUCGGGAGAUGAAGAACAGAAGAUAAAAAGAAAUAAAACUGAAGACGACAGGUCCAGAUUACGAAAAUCCAAAAAAGAUUCGAGUUCGGACGAUGAGCCGAAAAAGACACGAAAACGAAGAGACAGUUCUUCGGAAGAUGAAAAGUCAAGAACGAGGAAGUCAAGAAAGGAUUCUACAAGCGAAGACGAAGGGAAGGUACGUUUGAAAAAAUCUAAGCGAGACUCAAGUACAGAUGAUGAAGAGAUUGGAGAAAAAGAUGCGAAGAAAAAGAGAAAAGCGGAUGACAGUUCAGAUGAAGAAAAAGUGAAGAAGAAACGUAAGAAGAAGACUAAAACUAGCACUAGUGAAUCAGAGGAAAGUGAAGUAGAAGAAAAGAAAAAGAAGAAGGAUAAAAAGCACAAGAAACAUAAGAAGCAUAAGAAACAUAGAAAACAUAAAAAGAAGAAGGUUGCAGAUUCUGACGAAUCUGAUGUAAGUGAAGGUAAUACAGAAGAAUUAGAAAAAAAACUUCGCGAGAAAGCAUUAAAAUCGAUGAAGAAAGGACACAGCAUAGAAGGAAGUGAUUGAGGUGUUGUGUGAUUUAUCGAGGGUGUGUUACGUGUGUGUAUCUCUGUAUUACAAUGCACUUGCUCUGAUUGUAUCACGAAUACAUUUCUGUUUAUUAUUAUCGUUAA